GCAAGAACCACCUCCAUCAUACAGCUCGAAACAUCAACACGUGCUCAACGUCCCCUGUCAAAGUUUCAUUUUUUUAGUAAAAAUUUCGAGUGAAUUCAUUCAAAAAUGACCGAUUUCGGAGACAGCUUCGCCCCGCCGCCACCCCAAGGCAAAGACGACAAGGAAUUGCAAGAAUUUCUAUUCGUCGAAAAGCAAAAGGCCCAGUUCAACGCGCAGAUACACGAAUUUAACGAUUUCUGUUGGGACAAGUGCGUUGAGAAGCCGGGCAGUAAGCUGGAUAGCAAGACGGAGACUUGUUUGACCAACUGCGUGGAUAGAUUCAUCGACGUUUCGCUGCUUAUUACGAACCGAUUCGCUCAACUUUUGCAGAAGAGUGGAGGUGUGUGAUUGUAUUGUUGUUGAUGUAUUUUCAAUAGUCUUAACGCUUACAACUUUCGGGUGAAAUUGUUUAAGGAAGUGUAUGUUCAUGUUAGACUCUUGCCUAAUUGGUAGACAUUGUAAUAAUGUGAAUAAUAAAUGUGAUACCUUUAUUGUGUAAAGAUAA